GCACGGCAACGCCACUCUCUCGACUCUGCCGUGUGUCCUUCGCCAUGGCGGCCGUCAGGGCUCUGGUGGCGCCGAGACUGGUUUCUGCGCUCGCACCGCUCUCGGGGCGUCACCAUGCUCCCUCCCAGCGCGCAGCCCUUCACGGCUCCGCACCGCGGCCUGGGGCCAGGGUGGCGUUGGUGCUGUCAGGCUGCGGUGUCUAUGACGGAACCGAGAUCCACGAGGCCUCUGCGGUCUUGGUGCACCUGAGCCGAGGCGGGGCUGAGGUCCAGAUCUUUGCUCCUGAUGUCCCUCAGAUGCAUGUGAUUGACCACACCAAGGGACAGCCUUCCGAGAGCGAAAGCAGGAAUGUUUUGGCAGAAUCAGCAAGGAUUGCCCGAGGCAAGAUCACCAACCUGGCCCAGCUCAAUGUUGCGAAUCAUGAUGCUGCCAUUUUCCCUGGAGGCUUUGGAGCUGCCAAGAACCUGAGCACGUUCGCCGUGGAUGGGAAGGACUGCAAGGUGAACAAGGAAGUAGAGCGUGUCCUAAAGGAGUUCCAUGGGGCCAAGAAGCCCAUCGGCUUAUGCUGCAUUGCGCCUGUCCUCGCAGCCAAAGUGAUCAAAGGCGUCGAGGUCACAGUGGGCCACGAGCAAGAGGAGGGUGGCAAGUGGCCUUACGCCGGAACUGCAGAAGCCAUCAAAGCCCUGGGUGCCAAGCACUGUGUGAAGGGUGUGACCGAAGCUCAUGUAGACCAGAAGAACAAAGUGGUCACGACCCCGGCCUUCAUGUGUGAGACCGCACUCCAUCACAUCCACGAUGGGAUUGGGGCAAUGGUGAAGAAGGUGCUGGAACUCGCGGGAAAGUAGCGCUGCCUGGGCCGUACCUGGCCUCCAGUGCUGUGGAGCCGUCAGCCUGUCUGGGUUCCAUUCAGCAAGGACACAGGAGUUGCCUCUCUGUUAGAAGCAUAGUCGCGCUCUGCUGAAGAAGCUUUGCCUCCGUCCACACUGGGCUCAACCCAGCCCCUUCUACCAGCAGAAAGCUCAGAGCCCCUCCGUGGACUCCAAGUAACAGCGGGAGCUUCAGCGGUGGGGGCUUGCCUCACUGUGUGUCCCCCACCUUUUCCAGAGGAUCUGGUUGAAGCACUUACAUUGUACAGUCCUAGGUCGGAUGGACCAGGGUUCUUCUAGUUUUAAACAGUUUAGUUUUUCAUUAUCAGACCACUGUCUGAUAAUCAGAGAUACCUUGUUUAUGGAUAAAGAAAAGUAAACACAAGCUGACUAAAGCCAGGGAGAUUCUGUAGCUGGCAGUCCCUGUGGCCACAGAAUAAACUCCUUUCCACACUGGAAA